GGGGCUUGUGGAAAUACAGCCACGGGAGGGGAAGGAAUAUCGCGGCAGGAGGGCUGGAGUUACUCGAGCACUCAGCGGCUACAGUCAUGGCUGAGCGCCGCGCAUUUGCCCAGAAAAUCAGCAGGACUGUAGCGGCUGAGGUCAGGAAGCAGAUUGCGGGUCAAUACGGAGGCUCACCUCAACUUCUCAAAAACCUCAGUGUGGGUGGGAAUGCAACUAGUAAUGCUAUUCCUCUGACAGAGGCUGUAGAGCCAGUGGAUUUUGAAGAGUAUUUGAUCACGCACCCUCCCCUUAUAGAGUCAGGACCUCUGAGAGAUCUGAUCGAGUUUCCUCCAGAUGACAUUGAAGUGCUUUACACGCCAAGAGAGUGCCGAACUCUUGGCCAGGCCGUGCCUGAGGAGGGUGAGAAUGAUUCACACGUUAGAGACUGCACCCGGUCUUACACUGAGGACUGGGCCAUCGUAAACCGCAAGUACCACAAGUUGGGCACCGCAUUUAACCCCAACACUUUGGAUAAGCAGAAGGAGAGGCAGAGAGGUUUACCCAAGCAGGUUUUUGAGUCUGACGAGUUGACAGAUCACAGCAGCUACCAAGAUGAUCAGGAUGAUCUGAAGCGGAGGUCCAUGUCGAUUGAUGACACUCCACGUGGCAGCUGGGCUUGCAGUAUAUUUGACCUGAAGAACUCUCAGCCUGAUAUUCUGCUGCCUCACCUUCUGGAUCGAGUACCCAACGAAGAAAUCGACCGCCACAAUGAGGACCAGCGCAAGUCAAACCGCCAUCGAGAGCUCUUCGCACUGCAUCCUGCUUUGGAUGAGGAUGAACCCAUUGAGCGCCACUGUGUGCCUGAUGUUCCAAAAGAACAUUUUGGUCAAAGGCUUCUUGUCAAGUGCUUGUCCUUAAAGUUUGAGAUAGAAAUCGAGCCAAUAUUUGCAAGUUUGGCCUUAUAUGAUAUUAAAGAAAAGAAAAGGAUAUCAGAGAACUUUUACUUUGAUUUGAACUCGGAGCAAACGAAGGCCAUGCUGCGACCGCACAUCCCAUCUGCUGCAAUCUCCACCCUGGCCCGCUCUGCUGUCUUUUCAAUCACCUACCCUUCUCAAGAUGUCUUCCUUGUUAUCAAGCUUGAGAAGGUGCUUCAGCAGGGAGACAUUGGAGAGUGUGCAGAGCCUUACAUGGUCUUUAAAGAGUCAGAUGCUGCCAAAAAUAAGGAAAAGCUUGAGAAGCUGCGCAGUCAGUCUGAACAGUUCUGUCAGCGACUGGGGCGUUAUCGGAUGCCCUUUGCCUGGACAGCCAUACACCUCAUGAACAUAGUGAACAGUGCCGGCAGCCUAGAGAGAGACACAGAGCUGGAGAUCGGGUUGUCAGAACGGAAAGGCUCUUGGUCUGAACGGAGGAACUCUAAUAUUGUGGGACGUCGUUCGCUGGAGAGAACCACCAGCGGAGAUGAAUCAUGCAGUUUGACCAGCUUCAGACCAGCUACCCUGACGGUCACCAACUUCUUCAAACAGGAAGGAGAUCGACUAAGUGAUGAAGAUCUCUACAAGUUCCUAGCUGACAUGAGGCGCCCCUCCUCUGUGCUGCGUAGACUGAGGCCCAUUACAGCCCAGCUGAAGAUUGACAUCUCACCUGCCCCCGAGAAUCCUCACUAUUGCCUGACACCUGAUCUGCUCCAAGUGAAGCCUUACCCAGACAGUCGAGUGCGGCCAACAAAAGAGAUCCUGGAGUUCCCUGCCAGGGACAUUUAUGUGCCCAACACCACUUACAGGAACCUGCUGUAUGUGAACCCACAGAGCCUGAACUUUGCUAACCGUCAAGGCUCAGCUCGUAACAUUACAGUGAAAGUACAGUUCAUGAAUGGGGAAGAUCCUAGCAAUGCUAUGCCUGUAAUCUUUGGAAAAUCCAGUUGUGCAGAGUAUUCAAAGGAGGCAUACACUGCUGUAGUGUAUCAUAAUAGAUCACCAGAUUUCCACGAUGAAGUUAAAAUCAAGCUACCAGCCUCGCUGACUGACCAUCAUCACAUCCUUUUUACUUUCUACCAUGUCAGCUGUCAACAGAAGCAGAACACUCCACUGGAGACACCUGUUGGAUACACGUGGAUUCCGAUGCUGCAAAAUGGACGCUUGAGAACAGGUCACUUCUGCCUUCCAGUAUCUCUGGAGAAACCGCCUCAGUCUUACUCUGUUCUCUCUCCCGAUGUUCCCCUUCCUGGAAUGAAAUGGGUGGAUAACCACAGAGGGGUGUUUAAUGUAGAGGUUGUGGCUGCAUCAACCAUCCACACACAGGAUCAGUUUUUAGAUAAGUUCUUUGCACUAGUGCAUGCACUGGAUGAGCAUAUGUUCCCUGUGAGGAUAGGAGACAUGCGCAUAAUGGAGAAUAAUCUGGAGGCUGAGCUGAAGUCUAGUAUAGCAGCUCUAAAUUCCUCUCAGCUGGAGCCUGUAGUGCGCUUUCUCCACCUACUGCUGGACAAACUGGUGUUGCUGAUGGUGCGGCCACCUGUCAUAGCCGGCCAGAUAGUGAAUCUUGGUCAGGCUUCUUUUGAAGUGAUGGCAUCCCUAGUGAACCGUCUACAUAAGUACUUGGACACUAGUCAAGAUAUGCAUGGGCGAAACGGCCUUCUCUCCUCAUAUAUCCACUAUGUCUUCCGCCUGCCCAACAUGGACCCCAACUCCCCCUCUCCAGGUCCAGGAGGAUUGGGCUGUUCAGUGCAUUAUGCCACCAUGGCCCGUUCUGCUGUUAGACCUGCAAGCCUCAACCUCAACCGCUCUCGUAGCCUUAGCAACAGCAACCCAGACAUCUCUGGCACUCCAACUUCCCCAGAUGAUGAAGUACGGUCCAUCAUUGGCAGCAAGGGCUUAGAUCGCUCCAACUCCUGGGUGCAUACAAUGGGGUGCAAAAGCGCCCCCUGGGGGACCAGCCCUGGCUCAUCUUCCGAUGCUAAGCAGGCCAUGGAGCGCAGUGGCAAUCGCAUGUCAUCGCACACUGAGAGCGCCAGUUUCUUGCAAACAUUAACGGGACGCUUGCCAACCAAAAAGCUCUUUCAUGAGGAGCUUGCCCUCCAGUGGGUGGUCAGCAGUGGCAGCGUGAGGGAGGGAGCCCUGCAACAGGCCUGGUUCUUCUUUGAGCUUAUGGUGAAGAGCAUCAUUCACCACUUAUACUUUACUGACCGCCUGCAGUCCCCCAGGAAGAACCGCUUCCCUGAGCGCUUCAUGGAUGACAUCACCGCUCUGGUUAGCACCAUUGCAGGUGACAUCGUCUCACGUUUCCAGAAGGAUCUUGAGUUGGUGGAAAGGCUCAACACCAGCUUGGCUUUCUUCAUCAAUGACCUCCUGUCAGUCAUGGAUAGAGGCUUUGUCUUCUCUCUCAUCAAAACCUACUGGAAACAGGUGUCCACCAAGCUCUAUGCACUACAGAACCCCACUCUAGAGUCUCUGAGACUAGACUUCCUGAGGAUCAUCUGUAGCCAUGAACACUAUGUCACUCUAAACCUGCCCUUCAGUCUACUUACACCCCCAGCCUCCCCCUCUCCUUCAGUGUCUUCUGCCACAUCUCAGAGUUCUGGAUUCUCUACCCAUGUGCAGGACCAAAAGAUUGCGAACAUGUUUGAGCUGUCUGUGCCCUUCAGGGAGCAGCAUUACCUUGCUGGUCUGGUUCUGACAGAGCUGACUGUAAUACUUGACCCAGAGGCUGACGGGUCAGUACCCUGGAUGUUUGGUCUUCAUAAGAAGGUCAUCAGCGUGGUUCAUAAUCUGCUGUCCAGUCAUGACUCAGACCCACGUUAUGCUGACCCCGAGGUCAAAGCUAGAGUUGCACUGCUCUACCUACCUCUCAUAGCCAUUGUGAUGGAAACCCUUCCCCAGCUCCAUGAUUUCACCGAAUCCCAUAAUCAGUGGGGGCGUCCUGGUGGUCCAGGUACAGAGGAGCAGGAAGCUGAGGGCAACAGUAUGAUUAGCCAGACUGUUGCAAUGGCAAUUGCAGGGACCUCUGUGCCACAGAUGUCACGGCCUAGUAGUUUUCUGCUCAAUCCACAGGCCACCCGUCAGCAUGGCUCGUUCUCAGCUGAGUCCAGUCGUAGUCUGCUCAUCUGUCUGCUGUGGGUGCUGAAGAAUGCCGAUGAAAUGGUGCUUCAGAAAUGGUUCACUGACCUGUCUGUCUCGCAGCUCAAUCGCCUGUUGGACCUCCUCUACCUCUGUGUCUCCUGCUUUGAAUACAAGGCCCAUUUUUUGUUCAUGCAGGGCAAAAAGGCAUUUGAACGUAUGAACAGUCUAACCUUUAAGAAAUCCAAAGACAUGAAAGCCAAGUUGGAAGAAGCUAUUCUAGGCAGUAUUGGAGCCAGACAGGAGAUGGUGCGACGGAGCAGGGGGCAGCUUGAGAGAAGUCCAUCAGGCAGUGCUUUUGGCAGCCAAGAAAACCUGCGCUGGAGAAAAGAUAUGACCCAUUGGCGUCAGACCAGCGAAAAGAUGGACAAGGGCCAGAGAUCAGUCAGGUUUAAGGGAAUUCCGCUGCACAAUGAAAGAAGUCAGGAGCCCUUCUUAGUUAGGACCAGGGCUGAGCUGGAGCAUGAAGCAAUUAUUGACGGCAACCUGGCAACUGAAGCUAAUCUCAUCAUAUUGGAUACACUAGAAAUAAUAGUUCAGACUGUGUCAGUGACGGAGUCCAAAGAAAGCAUUCUGGGAGGGGUUCUGAAAGUCCUGCUACACAGCAUGGCAUGUAAUCAAAGUGCCCUAUAUUUGCAACACUGCUUCGCUACACAGAGAGCGCUCGUGUCAAAGUUUCCAGAGCUGCUGUUUGAGGAGGAGACUGAGCAGUGUGCUGACCUGUGUCUGCGGCUCCUGAGGAACUGUAGCAGUAGCAUCAGCACCAUCAGAGCCCACGCCAGCGCCUCCCUCUACCUCCUCAUGAGACAGAACUUUGAGAUUGGAAAUAACUUUGCACGAGUGAAAAUGCAGGUGACCAUGUCUCUUUCGUCUCUGGUGGGUACGUCCCAGAACUUCAACGAGGAGUUUCUGCGGCGUUCACUCAAGACCAUCCUCACGUAUGCAGAGGAGGACCUAGAGCUCAGAGAAACCACCUUUCCUGACCAGGUUCAAGAUCUGGUGUUUAACCUGCACAUGAUUCUUUCGGACACGGUAAAAAUGAAGGAACAUCAAGAAGAUCCGGAGAUGCUAAUUGAUCUGAUGUACAGGAUUGCUAAGGGCUACCAGACAUCCCCGGAUCUACGACUGACCUGGCUGCAGAAUAUGGCCGGGAAGCACUCGGAGAGGAAUAAUCAUGCAGAGGCAGCUCAAUGCUUGGUACACAGCGCCGCCCUGGUGGCCGAGUACCUCAGCAUGCUGGAGGACCGCAAGUACCUGCCUGUGGGCUGUGUCACCUUUCAGAACAUUUCCUCUAAUGUGCUGGAAGAAUCUGCUGUGUCAGAUGACGUGGUGUCACCAGACGAGGAGGGCAUCUGCUCUGGGAAGUACUUCACUGAGGCAGGCUUAGUUGGGUUGCUGGAACAGGCUGCAGCCUCCUUUUCUGUGGCUGGUAUGUACGAAGCAGUGAACGAAGUCUACAAGGUACUCAUCCCUAUUCACGAGGCAAACAGGGAUGCCAAGAAAUUAGCCACUAUUCAUGGUAAACUUCAGGAAGCCUUUGGCAAAAUUGUACACCAGAGCACAGGCUGGGAGCGGAUGUUUGGCACCUAUUUCAGAGUUGGAUUUUAUGGUUCUAAAUUUGGUGACCUGGAUGAGCAGGAGUUUGUCUACAAAGAACCAGCCAUCACCAAGCUGGCAGAAAUCUCACAUCGGCUUGAGAGUUUCUAUGGUGAAAGGUUUGGCGAGGAACAAGUGGAAGUUAUUAAAGAUUCCAAUCCAGUUGACAAAUGUAAAUUGGACCCAAAUAAGGCCUUCAUUCAGAUCACAUACGUUGAACCAUAUUUUGAUACUUAUGAAAUGAAGGACCGCAUCACGUACUUCGAUAAGAACUACAACCUGCGCCGCUUCGUCUACUGCACGCCAUUCACACUCGAUGGAAGAGCUCACGGUGACCUGCACGAACAGUUUAAACGGAAGACCAUUCUUACUACCUCCCACGCUUUCCCCUACAUCAAGACCCGCAUCAACAUCAUCCAUAAAGAGGAGAUAAUUUCCAUGCCUAUUGAAGUAGCCAUUGAGGACAUGCAGAAGAAGACACAGGAGCUGGCUUUUGCCACUCAUCAAGACCCAUCUGAUGCCAAAAUGUUACAGAUGGUUCUUCAGGGGUCUGUUGGCACCACUGUUAACCAGGGCCCUCUUGAGGUGGCCCAGGUGUUUCUGUCCGAGAUCCCAAGUGAUCCUAAACUCUACAGGCACCAUAAUAAACUGCGACUGUGCUUCAAAGACUUCACCAAGAGAUGUGAAGAUGCCCUUCGCAAAAAUAAGAGUCUGAUUGGUCCAGACCAGAAAGAGUAUCAGAGAGAGCUGGAGAGGAACUACCACAGACUGAAAGAAGCUCUGCAGCCUCUCAUUAACAGGAAGAUCCCACAACUCUACAAACCUGUAUUACAGGUCAACUCACACAGCAAAAGGACAGCUUGAGAAGAGACUCUUUUAGCAGAUUGAGCCUGCGCAAGCUAGACGUGUGAAGAUUGAAGAAAUAAAAAGAACAAAUGCAAUUUUAUUUAUUUGUAUAUAUCAGUCCUCCUCACAAUGUCAGUGUUUCUGCCAUAAAGUCAAAAGAGAUAAGUGUUAA